UAGCUCAGGCUCCACAGCCACAGGGACCGCUCUGCGCCCUCCUGCCCAGUGCACCCUCCUUGGCCCGUGGACUCCCGCUAUACAGCCGCUGUCAUGUGUGCGUCCCGGACGCCGCCGCUGGCACACAUCUUCCGAGGGACUUUCGUCCACUCCACCUGGACCUGCCCCAUGGAGGUGCUCCGCGAUCACCUCCUCGGCGUGAGCGACAGCGGCAAAAUAGUGUUUUUAGAAGAAUCAUCUCAGCAGGAAAAACUGGCCAAAGAGUGGUGCUUCAAACCAUGUGAGAUCAGAGAGCUGAGCCACCAUGAGUUCUUCAUGCCAGGCCUUGUUGAUACACACAUCCAUGCUCCUCAGUAUGCCUUUGCUGGAAGCAAUGUAGACCUGCCACUCUUGGAGUGGCUGAACAAGUACACAUUUCCUACAGAACUAAAGUUCCAGAGCACUGAUCUUGCUGAAGAAGUCUACACCAGAGUUGUCAGGAGAACACUAAAGAAUGGCACAACCACGGCUUGCUACUUUGGAACAAUUCACACUGACUCAUCCCUGAUCCUUGCGGAAAUUACAGAUAAAUUUGGACAGCGAGCAUUUGUGGGCAAAGUAUGCAUGGACUUGAAUGACAUGGUUCCUGAAUACAAGGAAACCACUGAGGAGUCGGUCAAGGAGACAGAGAGAUUUGUGUCAGAAAUGCUUCAGAAGAACUACUCGAGGGUGAAACCCAUAGUGACCCCGCGCUUUACACUUUCUUGCACGGAGACCCUGAUGAGUAAACUUGGUAAAAUCGCUAAGACCCAUGAUCUGCACAUCCAGAGCCAUGUAAGUGAAAAUCGAGAAGAAAUUGAAGCUGUGAAAAGUUUAUUCCCUGAUUACAAAAACUACACAGAUGUCUAUGAUAAAAAUAAUCUCCUGACAAACAAGACAGUCAUGGCACAUGGCUGCUACCUUUCUGAAGAAGAGCUUAACAUCUUCAGUGAACGAGGAGCAUCCAUUGCACAUUGUCCCAACUCUAACUUAUCGCUGAGCAGUGGCUUAUUGAAUGUGCUUGAAGUCCUGAAGAAUAAAGUGAAGAUAGGGCUGGGGACAGAUGUGGCUGGUGGUUACUCCUAUUCCAUGCUUGAUGCCAUCAGAAGAGCAGUGAUGGUUUCCAAUGUCCUCUUAAUCAAUAAGGUGAAUGAGAGAAGCCUCACCCUCAAAGAAGUCUUCAGACUAGCCACUCUCGGAGGAAGCCAAGCCCUUGGGCUGGAUAGUGAAAUUGGAAACUUCGAAGUUGGCAAGGAUUUUGAUGCUCUCUUGAUCAACCCCAAAGCAUCAGACUCUCCCAUUGAUCUGUUUUAUGGAGAUUUUGUUGGUGAUAUUUCUGAGGCCGUUAUCCAGAAGUUCCUCUAUCUAGGAGAUGACCGGAAUAUUGAGGAGGUUUAUGUGGGUGGGAAGCAAGUGGUUCCAUUCUCCAGCUCAGUGUAAGACCCUUGGGCAUCCAUGAUGUUCUCCUGGGAUGACAUGGUUCUAUAUCUUCCUUGUGCCCAGGUGCCGGUUAGAAAGUAUGUUUUAAAAGUGCCAUAUUCUUCGGAUGACUUCUGUUUCUAUGUCUGCUUCCAGUGGUCACUUGGUAAAUUGUGCAAAGGAAGUGUACUGUUCCUCAACUUUGGUUGGGAGCAUUCAUAAUUUCAUGAUGAUGCCUCCUUUGGGGCUGCUUAGAUUUGUGUUAAGCUCAUGCAGAGGGCAGUGUUAACAGCUGGCACUGUGCUUCUAUAAAACCUUUCCAUGUAGGGAAAUACGGUGCAAAGAAAUAUCCCUAUGUGGUUAGACAUUCUGAGCUAAGUGAAAAGUAGGAAACACCAUGUGUACCAUCUAGUAGAUUUCUAUAUGAGGGCACAAGCUAGACUGUGAACAGAUGUCAGAAAAAUCACUGAUUGUGCUUGGAAAUUAAAUACUGAGAACACUCAUGUAAAAAGAGAACUUACUGGGUUUUAAAUCGUGCUUCUAGGUUGACUUUAUCUAUGGAAAUUUGCACUUUAUGGAAUUUGCAUUUCAGAGAUUUGUUAUUGUUAUGCUUUGCCUUCUUUAGGGAUGACUGUCAGAACCCGAAUGCCACACGCUUUUCAAAUAUAGUUCUGUGCUUCAAAGUCUUUGGCAGAAGUUGAGUAUUAAAGAUUUACAGUCUCUUAGAGAUAGUAUUCAUAUAGCCACAUGGCAUAAAUAGUUGUGUUUUUGUGUACUUCAGAAUCACCUUGAUUUCUGGCUAUGUAGUGUGACAGUUGCUUCUAUUUUAUUAGACAAGAAACAAGCCCUAGUUACUGCUUCUGUGUAGACUGGGGUCUUCAUAAAUCGGGGAUGUACUGCACCCCUGGGAGCCAUUAACAGUAACAGGACAGGGUUCUUUGCUCAAUGCCCUAUCUACUCAGCACAGUGUCAUUGUGGCUAUGAAGUUCUCCCCCACUACCAAUGAGCUAGAAAUAAAAAGCCAAGUACAAGUCCUUUAAGGAACUGUGGAUAAGGUUCUAUCAGGCCUAUAGAUUGAAAGGACUCCAAUUUAUCAAAUAGUCUCUUGAAUUCCUUAAAAUUUUUCUGGAAGUAGAAUCUUAGUAUAAUGAAAAGUUUAUAGAAAUCCCAUUUAAUGUUCCUAUUAGUAGGACUUACUGUACUAGACAUGAAAGAAUAUUAGACAAAAUAAGGCAUUUUAGCUUUUCUAACUAAUUAGAUUAUAACAACAUGGCAGAUUCUUAGGAAGCAGUGAUGAGUUCUACUGAAAUACUACAUUUUUCUUAACGUGUUCCAUGACCUAUAAACAAUCAAAAACAGGGAACAGGUUUUGUUACCAUAUCAUUUCAUUCCCAGGACUUAGCUGAGUUUCCAUAUUAUCUUACAAUAGAGAAACCUUAGGCGAUAGAGCUAAUUCUGUGUUUUCAAGUGUGAAAGCACACACUUCCUCUACUGCCCUGUAAAUCUCAGUCUCACAUAGCAUGCUAACUUGGCAGUAAUUUGUCCAGAUCUAUUUUCAUGGUAGAAGCACUUUUAGAUUUGGUUGUGUAUAGAUUACAUCAGUUUUAAAUUUUUUUUAAAAGACAGUUUUUUUGUUUGUUUUUGUUUUUGUUUUGUUUUGUUUUGGUGGUAUAGAAGUGAACAAGUCCAACUUUGUAUUUCAAGCACACCAGCAACAUCAAAAUAAUCUGCCCCAAAUCCCCUUACCCUAUUUCUCCCUGAGGUUGGCAAGUGUUUUCUGCUGUAUCUUUUGACUCUUACCAAAGGAACUUAAUUACAGGGCAUCUAAGCUGAGUGAAGCAGGCUAAGUAGCUUAGGUGUGUGUUGGGUAAGACCUCUACCAGCCAGCAACUGCUUCCAGCCUUUGCAGAUCCCACACUCAUCUUCCUUAAGGGUGUGCAUCUUGAUAUUGAACAUUGGCUUUUAUUUAAACUUGAGAUUCACACAGAGUAAUAUCAAUAAGUGUAUUCUAGAAGCAGGAAUAACAGUCAAUUGACACCAUCCUGUCAAGCAUCCAGAUUAGUCCUGAUAGUGUGCUACAAGCUGAAUAACUUCUAUAAAAAACAAUGUGUUUAUAUGAACUUUGAUUUUCCUGCGUCCCUUAUAACUUAUGUGCUUUAUUUUCCCAAGUGAAGUGUUCCUGAGUGUUACUUAUGUUGUUUCAAUGCCCCAUACAUGGGGUCAGAUGUCCUGCACUUUAAAAUGUUGCCUUUACCUAAUGUAGACUUUCUGAAUUACAGAUAGGCACUAUUCCCAGCCCAUCCCAGUUGUCAUUUUUAUUUGAAUGGUUUGCUGUCAUUAAAAGAAAGGAAUAAACAAAAAGAGGAAGGAAAGUUAAAACACUAUCCCUCCCUCCUACUCCAUACCACUUACCUUGUUUCUCUAGAAUUUUUGAUUAACUUCAUUGUAAAAGGUUAAAAAGCAUUAAAAUUUAUCAUGUGUAGUAUAUUUCCAAAAUUUCGUGCAACCAAAACAAAAAAGUAGGCAAAUCAAGUUGAAUUUAAUCAGGGGAGGCAUUUAAAAUAACAGAUUAGGACCUGAAAAGUUCUUCUAAUCUUCUACUGGACCAAAGAGACUGGACUCUCCUCUCUUGUGUUAUCUUAGCUGGUUCUUGCACUAUCGAAGACUUUAGAAUCCAAGAGCAUAUUUACCUUCUUGCCAGAAGGGGGCCUUGCUGAGUUAAUUCUGUGAGCAUUGAAUCUGUUUUCUCUUCAGGGAGAAAUUUCAAAGUUAAAGGAGAUGGUAGGGAACCUCUUCUUCAUUGCUUAGCAGAUUUUGACAUGUGCCCUUGGCUAUCCCUGCUGGCAAAUGCUCUGAAAUUUUACAGAGGAAACAUAAUGGUUGUGAGAUCUAGCAGUGUGUUCUGGAUCUUUACUCCCUACCAGAUUAUUCCUAUUUUUAAGCUUUUUCACUUCAGAAGCAAGCAUAUGGGAGGCCUUCAAGGCAUGUUGGAGAGCAUAUUGUAUCAGUUUCACCUUGUGUGUGCACCUGUGGGAGAUACCCAGAACUGGUUGCUUCUGGAGCUUGGUGGGCAUCUCUUAGAGUUGCUGCUGCUGCUGCUGGAAUAGUCAAAUGCUUUAAGAGAGUAACCUUAGCUAUUAACAAAUAGAAUGAGAAGCAUAUCAAAGGCAAUGGAUUGAAAUAUUUUUUUUAAUCACAAGAGAUUCUAUAUGAUUUUUUUUCAAGACCAAAAGGAGAUGUUUGCAAUUUCUAUUCUACUAACUGCUGCAGGUAUGAUGUCACACAUUGUACUUUAUAAUGUCUCCAGAGAAGGUAUGAAAAAGUUUCUAAAGGCCUGGGAAGAAGCAGACAGGUGAAAAGUUGCUGAGAAAAACAAAACAAUGUGACAUCCAUUGCCAUGCAUGUGUUCAAGUCUACCCCAACCUUCCUGCCCAUCUCCAGCACUGGGUUCAAGAGAUUGAAUGUUUGAAGGGUUAGUUUCUUGAUCUAGUCCAAAUUUAGUGACAUGCAAAAGCCAACCAAGUCCUCGAUGAAAUGAAGUGUAAGUCCUGAGCAGGCUCUUACCAGGUUUCUUGAGUAACUGAUAUCAUUAUUAACCUGUUACUUGGUAGUGACUCAUCUGUCUAUUUUUUACCCAGUAAUCCUAUCAGAAAGCAUUCCUUACUUUAUUGUUAACCUCUAGGUGGCUGUUUAAGAAUAUAUACAUAUAUGUGAAUGUAGUCAAGGGGAUAUUCUUCCCCUCAGUAUUUGUAUGAUUUGCUUACUGUUACUGUACUGAGUGAGCUCCUUUGUGCAUCAGGAAACAAAAUAAAUGAGACUUUGAGUUUGCA